AGGGAGGAGUUGCCGUUGCUCCCCACGCCGGUGGUUGUUGAUGGUGCCGUGGAGGACGGAGGUGUCCCUGGCGGAGAUGGUGUGGGCGAUGCUCGGCGGGUGGGUCUCGUCCUUUCUCGCCAUCGCCGACGACGUCGCGCGCGCCCUGAGGAGCGGCCCUGGGAUUCCUUUGUAGCACUGUGCAGUCAGGCAGUCAGGCUUGAGAGCAGAGAGCUGCUUGCUAGGUGGAGUUGGUUGGUUAGAAUUUGAGUUCCAAAAUAAUUGUAAUUCUGAAUUAGUACUCGUAUAGAAAGGAAAUAAAAAUAGUGAAGAGAUGAGCAUUACAGAACUGA